GAGUGAGAGGAGAGAGGGAAGAGAGAGGAGAGAGACGGACACACUCGACAGCGAGAGAAAAGACAGUGAGAGCGGACAGCUGACAAAAUGCCAAUGACAGAUCUACUGAAAGCUGAGGAGAUCAAGAAAGCUCUUGAUGCCUUUGCAGCAGAAACGUUUGACCCUAAAAGGUUCUUUGAAAUGGUGGGAAUGAAGGCCAUGUCAGCUGAAAACGUCAAGAAGGUCUUCCAGGUCCUGGACGUGGAUGGUAGCGGAUUCAUUGAGGAAGAGGAGCUCAAGUUUGUACUGAAGGGCUUUUCCAAGGACGGUAGAGAUCUGACUGACACUGAAACGAAAGCAUUCCUCAAAGCCGCAGACAAAGAUGGAGACGGCAAGAUUGGCAUUGACGAGUUUGAGGCCUUGGUGCACGAGUAGGGGAUAGCUGAAUGCCCGCAUUUUUCUUCCUCCUCUUCUUCGUCCCUGCAUUCAUUUUUUUGUAACUGCCGCCUUCAAAGUCCUCUCACCUCCCUCGAGACCCCACGCAUGGAGUCAGACCAGGCCUGUGCUCUACAAAACACUACCAGGACCAGGAUGACAGGGACUUACCAAGAGGGGGAACACACAGGCUAAACAAGCACCAGUUUCAUCAGUUUCAACCUUUUGUUUUCUAUAUAUAUUUAUUCAGUCAUGCUAAAUGGGUUUUGUAAUCGUUUUAAUGAUUACAUGAGGGUAGUUCGUGGUCUGAAAACAGGUGCUACUAGUGCUGUAGAUGGUGUAGACGUUAUGAAGACUUCUUAAACCUUCAUUUCCUUCCUCUGUGUAUUUCGGGUUGUGCAUUUUGUCUGAUUGGUUUUACUUCUAGAUGUUCGCAUAUCAUUGCACUUUCUUCCCACUCCUCUCCUCCACCUUUCCUCACCUCACCUCCUCUCCGCCCUCCUCCUCCUCACUCCCUGCCUCCGAUCAGAUGAUGUAGUAAACAUAAUGAUAUAUAAGGAGA